CCAAAUCUCCGUAUACAAUGUGGCCAUGACAAAGAGGCGUUCAGGAAAUGGUUCUCCUCCUCCAGGUGCACUGAUGAUGUCACAGCCGGCCAGGUGAGCAGGGUCCGGGUUGGCAGAGGGAGCAGUCACCGAGCUUCAUUCCAGAGGAGGAAGAAGAACAGGCGCCUGCAGUCUGAGGAGUCAAUAUGGUGACCGCCCACAUCGCUGGCCUCCUUCCCCUGACGGUUCUGUGGCUGGGCCUGUGUGAGGUGGUGGCGGUGCCGGAGCAGGGGAUCUGGAGUUCUCCCGUUAUUAAUGGUGACAAGCCUCUCUUUUUCAGAAAGAUAUUGUUCAACCAUACAAACAUACAUCUUAAACUUGACAAAUUUGAGUGUGCAAGUCCUACAGAUAUUACCGUGGAAUGGUAUCUGAAAUUUCACAAGUGUUACAGCGAGUUUGCCACCAUUGAGGAUCUUCAACAAAAUGACCCCAAAGCUUUUUCAGAUAACAAUGAAGAAAACUGGGAAACUUUUACUUGCGAUUCACAAAGCCAUUCCGUCUCUCUGCAUAAUAAAAAGUUGCCACACGCUGAGAACGUUGCGAAUCAGAACCCUGGCUUUUCCAAUUCAAAGCUACUGGAUGUUGUGGCACAAACCCAGCAAGCUGGACCCUAUGCCUUUGCAGUCCGUUUGUCUUCAGUUCCAAAGGACUCGAAAUGGAGUUUAACAGUGUCUACCUCCAUGGAAAGCCCUUAUGGGUAUAUCUCUGCUUCAGAAUGGCCAUUGAUGAUAUUCUACAUGGUGAUGUGCAUUAUGUACAUCGUCUUUGGACUGAUGUGGUUCAUCUGGUCUGCCUGCUAUUGGAAGGAUUUGUUAAGGAUCCAGUUUUGGAUCGCAGCAGUUAUUUUCUUAGGAAUGCUGGAAAAAGCAGUGUUUUAUGCUGAAUAUCAAAAUAUGAACAGCACCGGAGUGUCUUCUCCUGGUCUGCUGGUAUUUGCAGAGUUGGUUUCUGCUAUUAAAAGAACCCUGGCUCGGUUAUUAGUGACCAUUGUCAGCUUGGGAUAUGGUAUCAUAAAGCCACGAUUAGGAGCAGUGAUGCAUCGUGUGGUUGGAUUGGGAGCUCUCUAUCUGAUAUUUGCCACUGUUGAAGGAGUAAUGAGAGUCAUUAGGACAAAAGAAUCCGAUUUGGUGUUGCUGGCAAGUAUCCCACUUGCUCUGUUGGACUCUGCAUUGUGCUGGUGGAUAUUUGUAAGUCUGGCACAAACGAUGAAGAUACUAAAGUUAAGAAAGAAUGUAGUAAAAUAUUCGCUAUAUAGACACUUUACCAACACUUUGAUCUUUGCUAUAUUAGCUUCUGUGGUAUUUAUGGCUUGGAUAACAAAAAAAUUCAGAUUGGCAGAUUGUCCAUCUGACUGGAUGGAGCUCUGGGUAGAUGAUGCUUUCUGGAGAUUCCUAUUCUCCAUUGUAUUAUUGGUUAUCAUGUUUUUGUGGAGACCAUCUGCAAACAACCAAAGGUAUGCAUUCACCCCUCUCAUGGAUGAUUCAGAUGAUGAAGUAGAAGAAUUCCUUGUAACAGAUCACUUCGAUGGCAUGAAGCUUAGAGGAACAAAGACCGAGCCCAAUGGAACAGCGAGGUCUAAUGCCGCUAGCAAUGAUGAAGACUUAAAGUGGGUGGAAGAAAAUAUCCCCUCGUCUUUUGCGGACAUAGCCCUUCCAGUAUUACUCGACUCUGACGAGGAGAUCAUGAUGACCAAAUAUGAAAUGUCUAAAACAGAGUGACAUCCCGAGAGAUUACUUCUCAUCUAGGAACUGUGAACCGCUCCGCCACAGCGUCAGCAUUGGUAGAGACUACUUCAGCGUUGAAGACUAUGAAGAGUAAACUAAUGUAUGCUGUGUUAACACUAUUUAAUUAUCAGAGACGUUUCUUAUUUUUACACUUUACUAAAAAAAAAAAAAUUCUGUUCUACGAGAGGAUUAUUUUAUAGUAAAGCAAAGGUGAAGAGCCCUCGUCGCAAUUUUUCCCCCCCCCUCAUUCCGGUAAACGUUGUGCUUUGUUUUUUGGGCUGGAUUACAAAUGCUCAGCCUUGACACGUUAACUAUACGAAUGGUACACGCUAUUUCUUAUGUUUAGGAUGGUGAUCAUUAAGGAACAUGAUCUACCAUUUUACUCCUGUAAUCCAACGACACAGGAUGUGUAUGGUCAGUACUGGUGAUGUAGAUGAUCACGGUUAAGACCCUUUUUUUUUUUCUUCUGCAGUACCCUUAUGCAAAUGUGCUAUUUAUUUUAGAUUUGUUCGCUUCCAUCUUAAUUUUAUGAUUUCUUCAUAUUCUUUGCCUUAAAAAAAAAAAAAGCACAUUCUGGGCACGUGGCAAGAGAGAACCGAGGGAGAGAUCUUCUCUUCUAAUAUGCAUACGUUUUUGUGAUGCACAUUUCAUAUACGCAGAAUUACGUGUAUAUAUUUUGCAAGAACAGCUAUCAUCCCAUGCUAAUAAAGCUUUUCAGCAC